AUGAGCGAGCCGCCGGCCGACGUGCGCGCCUUCCUGGCCGAGCAUCCCAGCCUGCGGCUGCAGCCCGGCGCCCGCAAGGUGAGGUGCGCUCUGACGGGUCACGAGCUGCCCUGCCGCCUGCCGGAGCUCCAGGUCUACACCAGCGGCAAGAAGUACCGGCGGCUGGCCCGCACCUCCCCAGCCUUCGACUACGCGGAGUUCGAGCCGCACAUCGUGCCCAGCACCAAGAACCCGCACCAGCUGUUCUGCAAACUCACCCUGCGGCACAUCAACAAGUCCCCACAGCACGUGCUGAGGCAUACGCAGGGCCAGCGCUACCAGAAAGCUCUGCAUACGUAUGAAGAGUGUCAGAAGCAGGGUGUGGAGUACGUGCCCGCCUGUCUCCUGCACAAGAGGAGGAGGAGGGAAGGCCAGAUGGACGGUGACAGGCCACCCCACCCGAGAGCAGCCUUCUGGGAACCCGAGUCCAGUGAUGGUGACGGCACAGCCCCGAGUGACAGUGAGGACAGCAUGGUGGACCUGUACCCACCCAACCUCUUCUCCAAAAAGGACCUGGGAGGGACGCAGCACAGGGACAACCCUGACGACUGUACGACAGCUGAGGAGAAGCCACGGCGCCCGGGAGACGAGGGCUCUGGGGACAGAGAGGACAUGGAAGUGGCCCCAGAGCUAACCCUCAAACGCAGGAAGAUGAGCAGAACUGGGCAAGAGGUCAAGGAGCUGGAAGAGGUCAAGGUGUUUGCUGUGUCUGGGGUUUGAAGUGCUGCCUUUGAUGAGCCUGGCAGCUCUGACAGCUGACCUAGGGCUCUCCAGCCACAAGCCCCCUGUCCGUGGGCUGCAGGGGAGCCUGCCUCGGCACCCCUUCCUCUCUGGGACUGAUGGGAAGUCUGUCCCCACAGAAGCAGUUGGGCUCAUCAAAGAAGUUCCAAAGCCGUCACCGCAAGCCUAAGCGCUUCAGCCUUUUCAAGCAGUCGGGUUAAUAAAAGUUUGCCGGAGAAAACACCUCUUAGUUUUGAGAGUCCUUGGGGUGUACCCUGUGUUCCUCUUCCAGCCAGCCACCGUGUCCUCCGAGCUGUUGGGGUGUCCUGGGGUUUUCUCCGUCCACUCAUCGGCUGCCCCUGAAGGCAGGGCUGGGUCCUGUCCCUGCGCCCAGGACACAGCAGGAACCUCGAAGGGAGAAUCCUGUCUGGACGUGGCUUCCAAGUGGUCCUCACUGCAGCACCUGGAGAGCCCUGGCUAGGCCCCACCCACCAGGACAGCACCCAAGGGUCACACUGCAUACAACAAAUGCCAUUAUUUAUUUUGAUGUUUCCAAAAAUCAAAACGUUUUCAAACACAACUA